UAUAAGAAACGGAACACGUUGCAAACCAUGGUGGCUAGGUGAAACUGGUGCCCUAUUGGAAGAGUUACUUGAAAGAAAAAGGUCAAAACGCACGUUUUCUGUAAAAACUAGUGCGUCGAAUAGUCCAAAUCAAGUCAAACCACAAUUUAAGCAUAGGAUAUUCGAAGAAAUGAAGUUGUUCUUCGUUGUUUCGCUGUUAUUAGGAAUUGGCCUAAGCCAUGAACACAAACAUGGCAGUAUGGAAAAUGAUCAUUUUCACGAGGACGAACAUCUUGAAGAUCAUAGACACUGGUAUACAAAAGAAGCUAAUGAAAAGUUGCAAGAGAAACUGAAGGAAGCGAAAGAUAAAGGUCCAAGUAAGAACACAGAAGAUGGACAUGAACAUGAGGGGCAUGGGCACAGUCACCAUGGACACGGGCACAGUCACCAUGGGCAUGGACAUAGCCACGAGGGACAUGGAAACAGUCAUGAGGGACAUGAACACAACCAUAACCAUGAGGGACAUGGACAUAGCCAUGAGGGACAUGGACAAAGCCAGGAGGGACAUGGACAUAGUCACAACGGGCAUGGAAACAGUCAUCAAGGACAUGGUCAUAUCCAUGAGGGACAUGGACACAGUCAUGAUGGACGUGGACACAGUCAAAAUGGUGCCAAAGAGAAGGUCCAGCUACAGCCAAUGCGAUAUGUUUGGCUUGAAUCAAUCAUCUCAACUUGUUUGAUAAGUGCUGCUCCAUUUUUCAUCCUUUUCUUUGUCCCCCUAGAGAGUAAUUCAGAGGAGCAAAGGCCUCUGCUAAAAGUUUUGCUCAGUUUCGCAUCAGGUGGUUUGCUUGGAGAUGCAUUUCUGCAUCUAAUUCCUCAUGCAAUUUCACCACAUUCACAUGGUGUUGACGAACAUCACUCACAUUCUCAUAGCCACAGCCAUAGCCAUGGCCAUGAUGGCGUGAAUGCAGAGCAUUCACAUGAUCAUUCUGCUGAUAUGAUUGUAGGUUUAUGGGUAUUAGCAGGCAUGAUUGCCUUCUUAGUCGUUGAAAAGUUUGUGAGACAUGUUAAGGGUGGGCACUCACAUAGCCAUGGCCAUUCUCAUGGCAAUCCUAACAAAGAAAAAGAUACUGCUGAAGUUGUCAAGCAAGGCAAAAAUGGAGAAAACAGUGAAGUGAGAGAAAGAAAACUUGACUCUAAAAAAGACUCAAAGAAAGAAAAAACAGAUGAUAAAGACAAGCAUUCUGAGGCUCCAGAGGAAGGGAUCAAGGUAGCAGGAUACCUGAACCUUGCUGCAGAUUUCACACAUAAUUUUACAGACGGUUUAGCUAUUGGUGCCUCAUACCUAGUCAGUAGAAAUGUUGGUCUAGUGACAACAAUUACAAUUUUACUUCAUGAAGUGCCACAUGAGAUUGGGGAUUUUGCCAUCUUAGUGCAGUCUGGUUGCUCUAAACGAAAGGCAAUGUGGUUACAGCUAACCACAGCUACUGGGGCUCUUGCAGGCACUCUCUGUGGUCUUUUGGCAGAGAAUAUUGGAAAUGCUGCAUCAUCUGGAAUAUUGCCUUUCACUGCUGGUGGUUUUAUUUACAUUGCAACAGUUUCAGUGAUUCCAGAAUUGCUAGAAGAUGCAAAUCCUAAACAGUCUUUUAAGGAAAUUGUAGCUCUUUUAGUAGGCGUUUUGCUUAUGGUUUUUAUUGCUCUAUUUGAGUAGCAUUCAUGUAGCAGAAAGGUUAGUGUCACAUUGACAGAUAUAAAGCUGUCAGCAUUAGCAUAAUUUUGAAUUUGUUUCUAGAACAUUUUCCAAUAUUACAAUUACACCCAUAUUAUAUUUAAACCUUAUUUCUAUUACAGCACUUAAAAAUUUGAACAGGCUAUGAAAUAAUCAACUAGUGAAUUGGGAUGCUUCACAUAAUGAUUUCUUGGAGCUAUUAUGAAGAAAAUUAUUUUUUUAUCUCCCCCUCCCCAUCUAAUUGAAACAACUACUUUUGGAACCUUGCCUUUAACUUAACAAGGCACAGAUGACAUGAUUAUAUUUCUAACUAGCCAAGGCUACACCUUCAUAAAUACUAUAAGAAUAUAUUUAUGAUAUUUUUAAUAUCCCUCUACAAACUCCUAUUUUAUUAAACAACCAGUAAUUUCAACACUGCCUUGCUUAUUUGGUUUGAGUAAGGGUACUUUUAUUCAUAUGCAUCAGGAUUUGGUAAACUCCCAGUGCCUAAUAAGAUUAAACCUUUGAAGGUCUUUGCGAGAUAAAAAGAAACAAGCAAAAUGUGGUUCCAUGGAAAUUUGAUUGACAAGUUCUUCUUCAUUGAUAUUCUGUACAGCUACCAUGCUGUGUGAAGAUUAAGUAUAAUAGCAAUCUAAUUGCAAUAAAAAUAACAUCUUAGAAUAUUCUCAUGUAAGGAGAACUAACAUUUUGAAAUUUUGGAUACUCUUUAGCUAUCUCAGGAUAUAUUCAGUCUAUUUUAUUUUUAAUUUUGGGAAAUGCCUGUAUGUAGUUAUUGCAAAAAGGAAUUAAAAAGGAUGCAAUAUAAAAAACACAUUAGCAAUUAGACAGUUGUUAUUUUUCUAAUGUUAACAUACUGAUCAAAUGCCGUUUUAUUUUAUUUAUUUUUCUCUUUACCACAGUCACAUUGUUUGGAA